GGAGCCCAGAUCUUUGAGGCAGUAGGUCUACACAAGGAGGUAGUGGACCUGUGCUUCAAAGGAACUGCCUCCCUUAUAGGAGGAGUCGCCUUCAAGGAACUCGCUUCUGAGACACUCAACAGACAUCAGCAGGCUUACUCAGACAGGGAAUGUGACGACGCCCUUGUCAUGAACCCUGGUUUCUACCACUGGAGGGACGGGGGAGAGAAACACAUCAAUGACCCUCAGUCCAUAGCUAACCUUCAGGAUGCUGCGAAAAAUAAUAACAAGAAUGCUUACGCCAAGUUUACCGAGUCGUCAUGGGACAGUGUGAGGAAGUGCACACUGCGCGGCCAGCUGGAUUUUGUCUAUGCCAAGGAGCCUCUGGACGUGUCUGAGGUUGAGGAGGCUGCUAACAUCGUCAAACGCUUCUGUACAGGUGCUAUGAGCUUUGGGAGCCUGUCUAUCGAGGCUCACUCCACUCUAGCUGUAGCCAUGAACCGCGUAGGAGGGAAGUCUAACACAGGAGAAGGGGGAGAGAACUCUGACCGUUACACCCAUAACGAGGACGCCAUGUUUAACAAGAGGUCAAGUAUCAAACAGGUGGCAUCUGGUCGGUUUGGAGUCACCAGUUCGUAUCUGUCACACGCUGAUGAGCUACAAAUCAAGAUGGCCCAGGGAGCGAAGCCAGGGGAAGGAGGCGAAUUACCAGGUCACAAGGUGUCAAAGGAUAUUGCCAAGACACGUCACUGUGUCCCCGGGGUGGGGCUCAUCAGCCCUCCCCCUCAUCAUGACAUUUACUCCAUUGAGGAUCUUGCAGAGGUAAUUAUGAGUCCAAUCAGAUAUAGAGGAUG